CGGCCGCAGGCAUCGCCGGAAGCCUGGAUCCUUACGUGGAGGUAAAGAUUGGGAACUUCACAGGAAAGACCAAGCACCGGGUGCAGAGCCGGGACCCGGAGUGGGGGGAGUGCUUCGCCGUGUCCAAGGCCCACCUGACGGCGGCGCGCGUGGAGGUCAUCGUCAAGGACAAGAGCCUCCUUGUGGACAACUCGGUGGGCAAGGUGGCAGUGGAGGUGGUGGACGUGCCGGUGCGCGUGCCGCCUGACGGCCCGGUCGCCCCGCAGUGGUACCGGCUCUGGAAAGUGAACGGCGACUACGAGGACGAGGCCUACCGCGGGGAGAUAAUGAUGUCCUUAUGGAAUGGGACGCAGGCGGACGAGUUGUACUCGACGGCGGUGCACUCCGACGCCGCCCUCCUCCCCUCCGCCGGCAUCCCUCACACACGCGGCCAGGUCUACUACAAUCCCCGGAUGAGCUACCUCCGGGUCAAGGUCGACUCGGCCCAGGAUCUGCUGACUUCCCGACCGGAUCCGGAGAUCUUCGUAAAGGCCCGGCUCGGCCCGCAGGUAUACGACACCAGGCCCUCCCCGGUCCGCUCGCCGAACCCCACGUGGAAAAAUGAGGAGAUCAUGCUGGUCGCCAGUGAACCUUUCCACGAAUUGCUAGUGCUAACGGUGAUGGACCGGGCCAAGAACGAAGCCUUGGCCCAGGUCGUUCUCGGCAAGGGCUUGAUCCGUACCCACGCCGACCACCGCAAACCCUUGCCUUCCCAGUGGUUCCCCCUCGAGAAGCCAGGCGGCGGCGGCGGCGGCGGCGGCGGACAAUACGGCAAGAUCCAGGUCGCGUGCUACUACGACAACAGCUAUCACGUCAUCGACGAGGCCGCCCACUUCACCAGCGACUACCAGCCUUCCGCCAGACCGCUCAGGCGGGCCACCGUCGGCUCGCUGGAGAUAGGGAUUCUAGACGCCAAGGAUCUCGCACCGCAGUGGAGUAACAAUGGCAGCGGCAAGAGCGACGAUGCGACCAACGCUUACUGCGUCGCCAAGUACGGUCCCAAGUGGGUGCGCACGCGGACGAUCCUUGGGACGAAGCAGCCCUGGUGGAACGAGCAGUUCUCGUGGGAGGUUCACGAUCCGUCCACCGUCCUCACCGUCGCCGUGUUCAACAACAGUCGCGUCGACGGCAAAAACAACAACGGGAACGCCAGAGACGAGCCGCUGGGGAAGAUCCGGAUCCGUCUCUCCACGCUAGAUAUCAAUCGCGUGUACACGCACUACUACCCGCUGCUGGCCGUUCACCCCACCGGCGUCAAAAAGACCGGCGAGAUCCACAUGGCGGUGCGCUUCACCUACCCGUCCUUCUGGUUCAGCAUGCUGUGGCUGUACACGAAGCCGAUGUAUAACAAGAUGCAUUACCUGCAUCCCAUCCCCCACCACCAAAUGCUGUUUCUUCGCCACUACGCGACGCAGAGCGUGGCGGCGAAGCUGGCCCGUGCCGAGCCGCCGCUCCCGAGGGAGGCCGUCAACUAUGUGUUCGACGACGGCUCCAACCGGUUCAGCCUGCGGAAGGGUAGGGCCAACUUCAUGCGGAUCCAGGCGCUGCUCGCGGACUUCGUGGACUUCGCGAAGUGGUUCGACGGCGUCCGCCAGUGGAACCGCCCGCUGAUAACCGUCUUCGUCCACGUCCUCUUCUUGAUGCUCGUUAUGGUGCCGAGACUGCUCCUCCCCACCGCGUUCCUCCACUUAUUCGCCGUCGGCCUGUGGAGAUUCAGGAGGCGGCCCAGCUCCCCUGCUCACGCCGACCCUAACCUGUGGGAAUGGGCGGAUCCGGAUAUAUUCGACGAAGAACUGGACAACAUUCCUGUGUUAACGAGGCCACCGGAGGUGGUGGCACGGAGGUACGAUCGGCUGAGGUGGCUCGCCGGAAAUUUGCAAGAAAUGGUGGGGCACCUGGCCAACCACGCGGAGAGGCUGCAGGCGCUGCUAAACUGGAGGGAUCCACGGGCAACGGCUAUGUUUGCGGUGUUUGCAUUGGCGAUGGCAGGAGUCCUUUGGUCGGUGCCGUUCCAGUUGGUGGUGGUGAUAUUUGGCCUGUACGCCAUGCGCCACCCAAAGCUGCGGAGCAAGACGCCCUCCCUCGCUUUUAACUUCUUCAGGAGGUUACCCGGUAAAGCGGAUAUGCUUCUGUAAGUUCUACUGUAAAACUCACCGUUAAAAGAUUUGUUUUUUCCUCGUCCCUCCCCCGGUCAAACAGUCUUUUUUGGUUGCGGGUCAAUCCUCGCAUGUGGUUGCGGUCCGAUCGCGCUGUUGUCACUUUGUCAUCUAUCUUUAUUUUAAUUUAUAUUCCUGUUUCCAUGAUUC